GGGGAGCUCAGCGAAAGGACAAGAAGAACAAGAAGCGCAAACAUCUGGGAAGCACCAUGCCUGUCCGGAGAGGACACGUCGCGCCGCAAAACACGUUUCUGGGCAUCAUUAUUCGGAAAUUCGAGGGACAAAAUAAGAAGUUCAUCAUAGCCAACGCCAGAGUAGAGAACUGCGCAAUAAUCUACUGCAACGACGGCUUCUGCGACAUGACGGGUUUCUCCAGGCCGGACGUUAUGCAGAAGCCGUGUACCUGCGAUUUCCUCCAUGGGCAGCUCACCAGCAGGCACGCCAUUGCCCAGGUGGCGCAGGCCCUGCUGGGCUCCGAGGAGCGCAAGGUGGAGAUCACGUACCAUCGCAAGGAUGGUUCAGACUUUCUCUGCACCACUCACAUUAUUCCUGUGAAGAACGAAGAGGGAGUGGUGAUGAUGUUCAUCCUCAGUUUUGACUACGUCCUGGACGAGCUGAGCAGCGACUCCUUAGAGAGGCUAAAGCACUCCUCUCCUUCGAGAUCUGUCCACAGGAAGAGGAAGUUUUUCCGAUUUCGACUGCCUGCCUUUAACCUUCUGGGUGCCAGCAAACAGUCCCUCCCUCAGGAGGAUCCAGACACAGUUGUGGUGGAUUCGCCCAAGCGAAGCGAUGAUUCUAUUGCCAUGACGGACUUCAGGUCACCAACCAAGGAGAGCUGCAGCCCCUCAUAUGGAGAGGACACACGAGCCCUCAUCGGCUCCAGCCAGUGCCCCACACCCCUCACCUUGUCGGGACCCCUGGAUCACUCAUCCCCAAAGUGGCAGUGGGACCGUAUUUGCCUCGAGCAGCCUCAGUCCACUACCUGCCUGGCCCGCAGCACCUCCCAUGAGAGCCUCUGCAGCAUGAGGCGUGUGUCAUCUGUCCAGGACAUCGAGGCUCUCAGUUCUAAUGCCAAGACUGGUUUCAGGGAUCAACAUGCAAGUGAAGGUCCAUUCAACCACAUAAAAUCCAGUCUGUUGGGCUCUACAUCGGACUCCAAUCUGAACAAGUACAGCACUAUUAACAAAAUCCCACUCAUCACACUCAACUUCUCCGAGGUGAACAAUGAAAAGAGGGCAGCCUCUCCUCCAUCUUCUGAGAAGACCAUCAUCGCGCCAAAGGUCAAGGACAGGACACAUAACGUCACAGAAAAAGUUACACAAGUGCUCUCAUUGGGAGCAGACGUGCUGCCUGAAUACAAGCUGCAGACACUCCGCAUGGACAAGUUUACCAUUCUGCACUACAGCCCAUUCAAGGCUGUGUGGGACUGGCUGAUCCUCCUGCUUGUCAUCUACACGGCCAUCUUCACGCCAUACUCCGCCGCCUUCCUGCUCAAUGACCGCGAGGAGCAGAAGAGGCGCGAGUGUGGAUACUCCUGCAGCCCGCUGAAUGUGGUGGACCUGAUCGUGGACAUCAUGUUCAUCAUCGACAUCCUCAUAAACUUCCGCACCACAUAUGUCAACCUGAACGAGGAGGUGGUGAGCCACCCGGGGAAGAUCGCCAUUCACUACUUCAAGGGCUGGUUUCUCAUUGACAUGGUUGCCGCCAUCCCUUUUGACCUGCUUAUAUUCGGAUCGGGCUCAGAUGAAACUACUACUCUUAUUGGGCUUUUGAAGACAGCUCGGCUCUUGCGUCUGGUACGUGUGGCCCGGAAGCUGGACCGCUACUCGGAGUACGGCGCCGCUGUGCUCGUGCUGCUUAUGUGCAUCUUUGCCCUGAUUGCCCACUGGCUGGCCUGUAUAUGGUAUGCAAUCGGGAAUGUGGAGAAGCCCUACCUGGAGCACAAGAUCGGUUGGCUCGACAACCUGGGAGUAUCCAUAGGGAAGAGGUACAAUUACAGUGACCCCAAUUCCGGCCCCUCAAUCAAGGACAAAUACGUUACGGCACUGUACUUCACCUUCAGCAGCCUCACCAGUGUCGGAUUUGGAAACGUUUCACCAAAUACCAACUCUGAGAAGAUCUUCUCCAUUUGCGUCAUGCUGAUUGGCUCCCUAAUGUACGCCAGCAUCUUCGGCAAUGUGUCAGCCAUCAUCCAGCGCCUGUACUCAGGCACAGCCAGAUACCAUAUGCAGAUGCUUCGGGUGAAGGAGUUCAUUCGCUUCCACCAGAUCCCCAACCCACUACGCCAACGCCUGGAGGAGUACUUCCAGCAUGCCUGGACCUACACCAAUGGCAUCGACAUGAACAUGGUCCUAAAGGGUUUCCCAGAAUGCCUACAGGCAGAUAUUUGCCUGCACCUCAACCAGAGUUUGCUCCAGCACUGCAAGGCCUUCCAGGGGGCAACCAAGGGCUGCCUCCGGGCCUUGGCCAUGAGGUUCAAGACCACCCACGCCCCACCUGGAGACACACUGGUACACAGCGGGGAUGUCCUCACUGCACUCUACUUCCUAUCCCGUGGAUCCAUUGAGAUCCUGAAGGAUGACAUUGUGGUGGCAAUACUGGGAAAAAAUGACAUCUUUGGCGAAAUGAUUCACCUGUAUGCUAAGCCCGGGAAGUCCAACGCCGACGUCAGAGCUCUGAGUUACUGCGACCUGCACACAAUCCAGCGGGAGGACCUCUUGGAGGUGCUAGACAUGUAUCCAGAGUUUGCUGACUACUUUCUUACCAACUUGGAGCUCACAUUCAACCUAAGAGAUGAAACUGCAAAGACCAAUUUUUCACAAGGUAGUGAUUCAGAUGGAGAAGAGACUCAAUGCAGAAGAAGGAUUUCCUUUAAGCGAAAACCAUCGUAUGGCGGGAGCGAGAAGGGGAUGGAGAGUGAUGUGGAGAAGGAGCGACAGUCUUAUUCUCGCUCAAAGUGGGAGCCCAUGGACAAGAGGGACUCCCCGGAGGAAGAGCAGAGGCCGCUGUGUUCCGGGAUUCAAGUUUUACACUCUGUACGGGAAAACGUCUUGGCACCGGACCUUAACUACACCUGCGAACUCCAAACAAGAGAACAAAGUCAGCCUCACAAAGCAGAUGUGCAUGGCGACAAACGGGCCGAUCCAGAGCUGAGGGAAUGUCCAGAUGAAUCGAUACCAUCCCAGGACGCGAGAGGCGUGGAGGAGACAGAGAGUGAGAUUACAUAUGGGGAAGUGGAGCACCGGCUAGACCUCCUGCAGGAGCACCUGAACAGGCUGGAGUCCCAGAUGACAUCAGACAUCCAGACUAUCCUCCAGCUGCUCCAGAAGCAGGUUACUAUGGGACCCCCUGCCUACAGCACGGUGACUGCUGGUGCAGAGUACCGUAGUACCGCAGUCAAAGUGGAGCCUGCUCCUGUCGGGCAGGACAAAGAGGGCUUCGGCCUGUCUUCAGCCCAGAGCCCGGAAUUUCUCUGUUUAGAGCAACUCCACCAUAAAUCCAAAGAAUCUUUGACCAGCACAGGUCACAUGGACAAGGCCUCGGGUGAGAGCUCGCCUGCUAUGCUUGAACAAGACGCAGAAGUGGACUGCGCAGCCAUUCAGAACCGGACUGCUUCCCUCCACCUGCCCCAGCCCAGAGCUUUCCAGCUUCCAAUCCGCCACCCCUCCUUGCCCGACUCAUCCCUCUGCAACACAGGAAUGUCGGAACUCCACAGACCAGCCUCGGAUCCUGGUCUUCCUAGGAAGUAG